AUGCCUGUAGCAUUACUUCGGAAGGCUGCGGGGAUCUGCAUGCGCAUCCCGAGGAGCGCCGGAUUCCAGACCUGCCCUGGACAUCUAUACCUGUGUGGCUUUGGAGCAAAUGAAUCUGACAUCUUCAGCUGGAUGAUCUGCAGAGAAUUCCAGGAGUUACACCUCCUGGUGGAUAAGGAGAAGGUUUGAUGUCUGGAGGGCAUCGAGUGUUACACCUGGGGCCUUCUGGCUUCCAUGAACAUGCAGCUGGAGGAAGCCUAGGGUGCCUGUGAGCCACUGAGCCAGGCCCAACACAUCUUGGAGCAGCUGAGUAAGGAGAGUUGCCUUGACUUCAUCCAGAAACAUCAUGCUAUGGCCUCCAGACAAGAACAUCAUGUUCUUCCUAGCACAAAGCAGCCUCCAUCCCUGGAGGGAAACUUCAAUGCUGUGUCUUUCAAGCCAGGCUUCUGCCUGGCCAACCUCAAAAUGCCAGUGUGGAAACAUCUGUUUCAUAAGAUUCUCCCAGCCAUGGAGACUCUGAAAUUGGACCCAACCAUGACUCAUCCACUCCUCCAGCUCUUCAGAGGGAACACGGUAGUACAAUGUGGCCUCUUGUUUCAGUGGUGCAUCAACCAUCCUGAUGGUUUUGACUACGACACCUGAAUCCUGAUCAGCCCGGGCUUCUCCUGUGGCCACCAUUACUGGGAGGUAGUUUUUGCCAGCAAGAGUCACUGUUGGCUGGGGGUCAUCAAGGACACCACCAGCCAGAAAGACAAGCUCACCAAGUCCCCAGAGAGUGGAGUAUGGCUGAUUGGAUUCAAGGAGGGCUGUGAGUGUGAGGCUUUUCAGUGCCCAUGAGUGCUCUUGUCUAUGGUAGGACACCCUCAUCGGAUUGGGGUAUAUCUCCACUAUGAACAGGGGGAGCUCACUUUCUUUGAUGCAGACCACUCCUAGGGCCUCCAGGCCCAGUACACAUUCCAGGCUGACUUCAAAGGCAAACUUUACCUUCUAGACACCUGCUGGCACGAACGGGGCAACAAUUCCCUUCCCAUGGUGUUGCCUCAACCUCCUGGGUCUAGCCACCUCCCAGCCUUGGAGCAUACCAAAUUAUAG